AUGGAGAAGAGGGAAGAUCUUAGAUCACUUCUUGAGUAUCUGCCUCUUGUGGUUCAGUCUUCAUCUCUAGUUUGGCCACCUUCCCUUAAAAAAGAGCUUCAAACAAUGUCUACGGGGCCGAGUGAGUCAAUGGUUAACUCUGGAGAGGCUCUUGCCUUGCGUAUCACGAGUAUGCGAAAAUCCUUCUCCUUGAAUGCAUCUGAUCUCGCACCUUAUGCGUCACAAGGAUAUGCUCUUUUCUUUGACGAGAAAAUAUCUAGACAAGAGUCAGCUAAGUUUUUUGGUGAGGUGGUUCCUGCAUUGUGUGGAUUACUUAUCAAGCUGCCUUCACUCUUAGAAAUGCACUAUCACAAGGCAGACUAUGUUCUUGAUGGAGUUACCUCCGGGCUUCGCCUAUUAGGCCCACAAGAAGCUGGGAUUGUGUUUCUUAGCCAGGAGUUGAUUGCAGCUCUUCUAGCAUGUUCCUUGUUCUGUUUGUUCCCUGAAGUUGACAGACGCUUAAAGCAUCUUCAAGGAAUCAACUUUGACGAACUGUUUUCGUUUCUUUUUACACGUCAGUGCAUGAAACAAGAGAGCAAGAUAAGAUGCAUUGUCCAUUAUUUUGAAAGGAUAUGUCAAUGUAUCCCCAAAGGCUUUGUUUCAUUUGAGAGGAAAGUUCUUCCACUAGAACACAAUCCUCACUAUGUCUCUUGCCCUGAAGCUGAUUACUGGGCUAAAUCCAUCACUCCACUUUGUUCCGUUGAGGUUCACACCACUGGAGGUAUAGAAGACCAACCCGGUGAAGCUCUUGAGGUAGAGUUUGCUGAUGAAUAUUUUGGAGGUCUUACUCUUCGUCAUGGAUGUCUACAGGAAGAAAUAAGGUUCAUGAUGAAUCCAGAACUCAUAGCUGGCAUGUUGUUCUUGCCUCGUAUGGAUGAAAAUGAAGCUAUUGAGAUUGUUGGUGCUGAAAGAUUUACACUAUACACAGGGUUUGGAUCUUCCUUUGAAUUUGCCGGUGAUUACACAGACAGUAAGAAGUUAGAUAGUUACAUGAGGCGUAAAAGGAGAGUUGUGGCUAUAGAUGCCAUGCCUAGGCCAGGAAGGAAACAGUACAAACCUGAUGGCCUCCUUCGGGAGGUUAACAAGGCUUUUACUGGGUACUUACAUCAAUGUAAGCAUCAAGAGGAUCCUAUUACAUAUUCAGCUUCUGUGAGCCACGUUGUAGAGUGCUCGGAGAGAUGGUGUAUGGAUGAUCAUGAAGGUAAGAAGAUUGGUGUAGCUACAGGGAAUUGGGGUUGUGGUGUGUUUGGAGGUGAUCCAGAAGUUAAGAUCAUGCUUCAAUGGCUUGCUAUUUCACAGUCAGGAAGAGCAUUCAUGUCAUACUACACAUUUGGACUCCAAGCAUUGCAAAAUGUCAAUCAGGUGAUUGAAGGGAUCAGUCUGCAAGAAAUGAAUGUAGGAGAACUGUGGAAUAAGCUAGUGGAGUAUUCUGCAGAGAGGUUUGGCAGAAGAACAACGCUUGGGUUCUUCUCUUGGUUCACAUCCUCAAUCUCUGCUACCACCAGUUGA